AUGCAUUUCAAAUAUGUUGAAGUGAACGUAGUAAAAUUGAGCUCGUCGUCCCAUUGUAUACUCAUAAAUGUAUGAUGAUUUGUUUUUCUAGUCUUAGUAAACCGUUGAACUUCUUUUCCAGUGUACAGACUUGGUUGUUGCAGCACGCGACGUAUCUUCUAAAAGUCUUCUUACAAAAGGAGGGUUUUAGUUGCACGGUGUAGUAGGUAGCAGGGAGAGGUUUCCUGCUUGUCCAGAAAUAACUAGAGCAACUCACGGCAAAGGGAAAGAGCUUCUAAACUCUCAAUUUCUUGCUUUAGAAAAUAUUAUGUCGGACUUUCUUUAGUUUCCUGUACGAGUCGUUGCAAGCGCAAUCCGCUGAAAAGCCAAAGGAAAACCGAUGCCGAAGAGAUAAGACGCUCGUUUGUUUUGUGUCCAGUAGAAGUGCACUUGUUGAGUUUCAAU